AUGGCUAAUCCAUCACUUAGAACUAUUUUGACUAUCUGGAUGUUAUUGCUCAAGUUUCUUGUGCGGAUCAGAGUAAUGAGGAAAGGGAUAUUAGUUUGCAGAUCCUUAACAGAGCUAACUGAGCUAACUGGCAAUUUUGCAGAUCAACUUGGCCCCACUGUUUUUAAGGGUGUACUUCCCAACAAAAGGCCAGUUAUUGCUAAGAAGCUGAAUGAUGCAACUGCAAAUGAGAAGGAUUUCCGAGUGGCAGUCUCUACCUUAGGGGGAAUGCACCACCGGAAUCUUGUGUCAUUAAAGGGUUUCUGUUUUGAGGCGAAUCAUAGGUUUUUAUUAUACGACUAUGUUCACAGUGGCUCUCUAGAUAAUUGGCUCUUCAACAUGGAGCAAGGCCAGAAUGAUGGGAAUUGGCAACAGAGGUUUGACAUUGCUGUUGGAGUUGCAAGAGCCCUUGCUUAUUUGCAUUCAGAGUGUCAGGUAUGCGUAGCUCAUGGGAACUUUAAGCUCGAAAAUGUCUUGCUUGAUGAGAAGUUGGCCCCUAAGCUCACUGAUUUUGGACUUGGAAGCUUAAUCCAAAAGGAGGCAGCUUCCUCCUCGGAGUCGCCGGCAGAGAGAGAUAUCUACAUGUUUGGGGAGAUGCUGUUGCAAAUUGUGACACAUAGAAGAGAUAUUUUGAGUAACAGUCUGCAACAUUUAACUGACAGUAUGAAUGAAAAAAUGAACUUGGAGGAUUGCACGGAUUCUGAAGGAAUAUCAAGAGUAAUUGGGAUUGCCUUGUGGUGCAUGCAAAAUCAACCAUUUCUGCGACCUUCUAUUGUUGAAGUGGUUAAGGUAUUAGAAGGUACACUUUCUGUAGAUAGGCCUCCAUUCCCUUUCACUCUUAGACAAGAUCAGAUGGAUGAAGCUGCUUUAAGUGAGAUUCAAGUAGGCUCCUAG